AGAGGAAGAGGAAGAGGAAGAGGAAGAGGAAAAGGAAGAGGAGGAGAAGGCGAAAACGAGCGGAAAGCGGACGGUUAUCGGGAGUGGAAGAAGAGAGAGUGGCCAGGUGUGUCGCGGCUUCGCCGAGAAGGAAGAAGUGAACGUGCUGGUGGAGGUAGUUGUGUGUCGGCAAAGAGGAAGAACGAAAGGAAGGGAGCUCGACGAAGACGAGGAAGAAGAAAAGGAAGGUAGUGCUGUUCGGAGGUUGCGCAGAGAUAUCGCCAAAGGCUAAAAAAGUGUUCCGCUUCGAGGGAAUCGACUACGGAGUCGAGUGUUUUAGUGCAUUUUUGUUAAAGUGGUGCCUCAGCACGAAGAGGGAAUCGCCAACAGGGCAGAGGCUCGAACGCAUGUAGGAACAUGGCCGCAUCCAGCCCCUGCCUCCCUCUAGAGGUUGGCAGCAGCGCAAGAGGCGGCACAAAGGGAUCCUGGAUACGCGAGUCAGUACAGGAGAAGGCAGAGGUUGGCCGGACUGACUGGUCGCGGUGACUGGACUAGCUUUGGAGGGGAGGUAAUUGGUUCGGUGGAUAUGGCGCCAGGUCGGGAUCAGGGCGGAGGGGCGGGUGGAGGCGGGGGAGCACAGCCCAAAUCUAAGGGCACGACCUCGCUGUUCAUCCUUUCGGAGGAUAACUGUAUAAGGAAGCACACCCGCUUCAUCAUCGAGUGGCCGCCCUUCGAGUACGCCGUCCUGCUGACCAUCAUCGCCAAUUGCGUGGUCCUCGCCCUCGAGGAGCACUUGCCGAAACAAGACAAGACCAUACUCGCACAGAAACUCGAGGCUACGGAGAUCUAUUUCCUCGGGAUUUUCUGCGUCGAGGCGAGCCUCAAGAUCCUCGCCCUUGGCUUUGUCCUCCACCGCGGCUCCUACCUUAGAAACAUCUGGAACAUCAUGGACUUCUUCGUCGUGGUGACCGGGUCGAUGACCGUGUUCGCCGAAACUAACGUGGACGUCGACCUGCGUAUGCUACGUUCCUUCAGGGUCCUCAGACCGCUAAAGCUGGUUUCGAAAAUUCCAAGUCUUCAGGUGGUGUUGAAGUCCAUCAUAAAAGCAAUGGCGCCGCUUCUGCAGAUCGGAUUACUGGUUCUUUUCGCGAUCGUGAUAUUCGCCAUCAUCGGUCUUGAGUUUUAUUCGGGAACACUGCAUAAAACGUGUUACAGUAUAAAGGACAUCAGUGUGAUCGUGAAGGAAGGUGAGACUCCAGACCCGUGUAACACGGACAUUCAAUCGGAGGCACCGUUCGGUGCCCACGUGUGCAACUCGAGCACCUCAACGUGUUUGGAUCAUUGGGUGGGACCAAACUACGGCAUCACCAGUUUUGACAACAUCGGAUUCGCUAUGCUCACUGUCUUCCAGUGCAUCACUAUGGAGGGCUGGACUUCCAUAUUGUACUGGACAAACGACGCUCUUGGAAGCACGUACAACUGGAUUUACUUUAUACCAUUGAUCGUCCUUGGCUCCUUCUUCAUGCUGAACUUAGUUCUUGGUGUCCUGAGCGGAGAGUUUGCGAAGGAGAGAGAGAAGGUGGAGAACCGGCAAACCUUCCUGAAAUUGCGAAGACAACAGCAGCUCGAGCGCGAACUGAAUUGCUACCUCAAUUGGAUCUGCAAAGCAGAAGAGGUAAUUCUCGCCGAAGAGAGGACCACGGAAGAGGAAAAGAUGCACAUAUUAGAAGUGAGAAAAAGGGCCCAGGCGAAAAAGAAAAAAUUAAAGAAUCUUGGAAAGAGCAAAAGUACCGAUACGGAGGAAGAAGACGCCGAGGAUGACCAGGACGAUGAUGAUCCUCUUGUUUCAGUGCCUAAGAAAAAACUCAAAGGGUUCUCAAGACCUUCCUAUUUCAAGUCGAGGGUGAAAAACAAAGGAACGUGUAUGCAAUUUUGGCGAGCCGAGAAGAGGUUCCGAUUUUGGAUACGUAAUUCCGUGAAAUCGCAGAAUUUCUAUUGGUUCGUCAUCGUCCUCGUGUUCUUUAACACCGUCUGCGUAGCCGUCGAGCAUUACGAUCAGCCACAGUGGCUUACCGAUUUUCUCUAUUACGCGGAGUUUGUGUUCCUUGCCCUGUUCAUGAUGGAAAUGUUCAUAAAGGUAUACGCGCUCGGUCCUCGCACAUAUUUCGAGUCGAGCUUCAAUCGCUUCGACUGCGUCGUCAUCUCGGGCUCGAUCUUCGAGGUGAUCUGGUCCGCGGUGAAGUCCGGCUCUUUCGGCCUCUCCGUCCUACGUGCCCUUAGACUCCUCAGAAUUUUUAAGGUCACCAAAUACUGGAAGAGCCUGCGGAACCUCGUAAUAUCGCUCCUCAGCUCGAUGCGUAGUAUCAUUUCCCUUCUCUUCCUGCUCUUCCUUUUCAUCCUCAUAUUCGCGCUGCUCGGAAUGCAGCUCUUCGGUGGCCAAUUCAACUUCGAUUCCGGCACGCCACCCACAAACUUCAAUACUUUUCCCAUCGCGCUGCUUACUGUCUUCCAAAUCCUUACUGGAGAAGACUGGAAUGAGGUGAUGUACUAUGGUAUCGAGUCACAGGGCGGUCACAGAAAAGGUAUGAUGUAUUCGCUCUAUUUCAUCGUGUUGGUGCUAUUCGGCAACUACACUCUGCUGAACGUCUUCUUGGCUAUCGCCGUCGAUAAUUUGGCUAAUGCCCAAGAAUUGAGCGCCGCCGAGGAAGAGGAGCAGGAAGAAGACAAGGAGAAACAAAUGCAGGAAAUCGAUAAGGAAAUCGAGACAUUGCAAAAACCAAACGAUGGUACAGCAUCUAAGACAGAAAUCUGUCCUCCUAGUCCGAAUCAGAAUUUUAAAGACGGUAAAGGUGGAAAACAGGCGUCCGAAGAGAAGAAGCAGGAUGAAGACGAUGACACGGGACCAAAACCAAUGCUGCCAUACUCCUCCAUGUUUAUACUAUCCCCUACGAAUCCCGUAAGAAGAGCCGCCCAUUGGGUCGUCAAUCUAAGGUACUUCGACUUCUUCAUCAUGGUGGUAAUAUCGUUGUCGAGUAUCGCGUUGGCCGCCGAGGAUCCUGUAUGGGAACAUUCGCCGAGGAACGAGAUCCUCAACUACUUCGACUACGCGUUCACCGGUGUCUUCACCAUAGAGAUGAUCCUAAAGAUCAUCGAUCUUGGGGUCAUAUUACAUCCUGGCUCGUAUCUACGCGAGUUUUGGAACAUUAUGGACGCGGUGGUCGUAAUAUGCGCCGCGGUGUCGUUCGCAUUCGACAUGACCGGUAGUUCAGCGGGACAAAAUUUAUCGACGAUCAAGUCGUUGAGGGUGUUACGUGUCUUGAGACCGCUUAAAACGAUUAAAAGAGUACCAAAGCUCAAGGCGGUCUUUGACUGCGUCGUUAACAGUUUGAAAAAUGUCAUUAACAUUCUCAUAGUGUAUAUAUUAUUCCAAUUCAUCUUCGCUGUGAUCGCGGUGCAACUGUUUAACGGAAAAUUCUUUCACUGCAGCGACGAGAGCAAGUAUACGAAAAAGGACUGCCAGGGUCAAUACUUCGUCUACGAGGAAAAUGUAAUGCUGCCAGAACCCAAGAAAAGGGAGUGGACGUCUCAGUGUUUUCAUUACGACAACGUUAUGGCAGCAAUGCUUACGUUGUUCGCUGUACAAACUGGCGAGGGAUGGCCACAAAUCUUGCAGCACUCAAUGGCGGCCACUUACGAGGACAAGGGUCCCAUUCAAAACUUUCGCAUCGAAAUGUCCAUUUUCUAUAUCGUCUAUUUCAUCGUCUUUCCAUUUUUCUUCGUCAACAUCUUCGUGGCCUUGAUUAUCAUCACGUUUCAAGAGCAGGGAGAAGCCGAGCUUCAGGAUGGCGAGAUCGAUAAAAAUCAGAAAUCAUGUAUAGACUUUACGAUACAAGCUCGCCCACUCGAGAGGUACAUGCCGAAGAAGCUUAACGGCGUAAAGUACAAAAUUUGGAGGAUAGUCGUAUCGACACCGUUCGAAUAUUUUAUCAUGAUACUCAUCGUACUAAAUACAUUACUACUAAUGAUGAAGUUCCAUCGGCAAAGCGAGGCGUACAAGAACACGCUGAAGUACAUGAACAUGUGCUUCACGGGGAUGUUCACCGUCGAGUGCAUACUGAAGAUCGCCGCUUUUGGCGUCAGGAACUUCUUCAAGGAUUCCUGGAACACGUUCGACUUUAUUACCGUCAUUGGCAGCAUCGUCGACGCACUUGUCAUCGAAUUCGGGGAGCGGUUUUCGAGUGUGCCAAGUGGUGGCCAGCUAACUGAAAAGAAGGAGAAUUUCAUCAACGUCGGCUUCCUCAGGCUAUUUCGUGCCGCCAGACUGAUCAAACUGCUACGACAAGGAUACACGAUACGAAUUUUACUCUGGACCUUCGUGCAAUCCUUCAAAGCCUUGCCUUACGUUUGUCUCCUCAUCGCGAUGCUCUUUUUCAUCUACGCCAUCAUCGGUAUGCAGGUAUUCGGUAACAUCGAGCUGGGUGCUGACAGUUCUAUUAACAAGCACAACAAUUUCCAAAGCUUCAUACAAGGUCUGAUGCUGCUUUUUCGGUGCGCAACAGGUGAAGCUUGGCCAAACAUCAUGUUGGCCUGUAUAAAGGGUCGACCAUGUGACGUGAAAGCAGGAAAACAGGAACCAGGUGGUUGCGGUUCUAACAUCGCUUAUGCCUACUUCGUCUCGUUCAUCUUUUUCUGCUCAUUUUUAAUGCUGAAUCUUUUCGUCGCCGUCAUCAUGGACAACUUUGAUUAUUUAACGAGAGACUCAUCGAUUCUUGGUGCACAUCAUCUAGACGAAUUUGUUAGAAUAUGGGCAGAAUAUGAUCCCAAGGCCACCGGUAAGGUACUUUACAACGAGGUCUACGACAUGCUCAAGGUUAUGGAUCCACCGUUGGGGUUUGGUCAAAAGUGUCCCAACAGGCUAGCAUAUAAAAAACUCAUCAGAAUGAACAUGCCCGUUGAUUCAGAUGGGAAGGUCAACUUUACCACUACACUUUUCGCACUGAUACGGGAGGAUCUUAGUAUUAAAAUGAGAUGCGCGAACGAAAUGAGACAAGCGAACGAGGAGCUUCGAGAUACGAUUCGAAGUAUUUGGCCUCUGCAAGCGAAAAAGAUGUUGGACCUUUUGAUACCUAGAGACGAAGAGGUAGGCAGAGGAAAGCUCACCGUCGGUAAGAUAUACGUCGCUCUCAUGAUAAUUGAAAAUUGGAAGACGACGAAGUUUGGUCGAGAAAAACCAUCCGGACAGAACGAUAACGAUCUUAUCGAUAACGAUAAUGCUGGGCAAAGUCCUGCAGCCCAGGCGCAAUCGACCCUCUACAACUGCCUGAUGGACAUGGCGGUGGUUAACCACACCGGAAAUAGCCACACAACAGGGAGUAGAGCGAACAGCCUCGAACCCGUGAUACGUCCCACACCGGAUACGAAGCUCGAUCAACACAAGGACUUCCGUGACGAGGAGGAAGGGACCAUAGGUGCCCUAGCAGCCGCCGAGCAAAGACGACAGCGUAGCAUCAGAAACAAAAAGGUGAACUGGAAGAUGUCCCACCAGUACGAUAUACUAGGCAGCAGCGGAGAGAGUAGCCAGGGAGGGGGUGGGUCUGGGGUUGUACUCGUAGUUAAUGGCGAGGAUCGCGCCCCCGAGCUAGAGCCAUUGCUGGCUGAGGUGCCCUCCCAGCAGGAUCACGACUACUACUACCAUCACCAUCACGACCAAUACUACGAUACCGACAAUGAUCAAUACUAUGACCAUCACCACCACCACCACCACCAUCACCAUCAUCAUCAUGAUCACCGACCACCCUCGUACUACCAACACCAGACCACCUACGCACCUCGCUCCUCGAUCCGUUACCACAAGGUCUCGGCUCGAUCCAAUUCCGCAAUCGACCUGCAGAAUGUCGUAGUUAGCGACUCACGUGCCGGUAGUAUCGAGAGUUUAACGCAUUAUGGUGAGAGACUUCACCCCCAUCAUCCUUCGACACAUCCACCGAGACAUCAUUCGAGAUCGCCAAGCUUAAGAAGACAUUCACCGAUCAUGCACAGAUCGCCAUCGCCAAGGCGACACAGGCACGACCAUCAUGGAUAUUAUCACGAAGGACCAGGAUUUAGCGACACGGUUAGCAACGUCGUCGAAAUUCAGAGGCAUCAUCAUCAUCCACAUUCUUUACAUUAUAAUCGACAUAAGAUGCGAGGUCGAGACAUUCCGACAGCGACGAGGAUGACUGGUGCUAGCCAAAGUGGGACCCUGGACGGUGGUCCGGCGACGUGGACGCCCCCAGGCGUCUUUGGGUCUGUGCGUGAAUCGUCUACGUGAAUCGUCCACGUGGGACGUGCAUUGACUUUCUUGUCACGAUCGCGAGAACGCGAUUUAAUCGAGGAGGAUCGAUACGAAAAAUGCGGCUGACCGGUUUCUCGUUAAUACGCAACGAAACGAACCAAAAUGAAACGAAACGAGAUAGAAAGACGAAAAGAUUAUGAAAAAGAGAGAGAGAGAGAGAGAGAGAGAUGAUAAAGGGUGGGAAAAAAGGGGGAUAGGAUAUUCAAAGCGAGAUUAGAAUUGAUUUAGAAAGAAAGGACUCUUAUCGGUGAAACGAAAAUACGAGUGUGACUCUUCGUGUAACCCCGAUCGCAAAACGAGCUUUGUUUCGUGUGAAAGUUUCAUUUUUCGGUGCUUUACAUUUCGAGAAUAAAAGGGUUGAGAGAAAGAGAGUGGUGGUGAGGACAACUUGAAUAGAAAAACUCGGGUUUGUUGAAUGAUUCUAAAAAAUGAAAUGUUAAACAAAACAAAACGGGGAUUAAAUAUAGAAAUAAAUAAAUGUAAAAGAGAAUAUAUGUAAUACAGUAAUACAGUGAAUCGCAUAUAUUCGAUUGGGAUAAUCAUGCGCUCGUGUUAGAAAAAUUUCUAGCACUAUGGACGCUUUAGUUUGGGUUGAUUUUUUCUUUUCUGUUUUUCGAACAAUAUCUUCGGCGAAUCGGGACGAGAGGAGGGUCCACUUUUUAUACGAUAAUUAAACAAACAGUAAAAAAAAAAAGCAACAAUCAUAGAAACAACAACGGGAAAGAAGAAUAAUAAAAGAUAUUUAAAGAGAGAAAAUGAGUGAGAAAGAGAGAGACGGAUACUCUGCGAGAAAGAAACGUUUCAUUGUUUACGUGAACAUAAACAAUUGUCAAGGCUACAAGAAAAAAAGAUGUUUAAAUCGAAAUGAAAACCUGGAGGAUUCAUUUUCUUCUCGAAAAAAAAAGACAAAACAAAAUAGAAAAAAAAAA